UGCGUUAAGCCUCCAAUCCCUACACGUAACAGGGGUUUCGUUCUGAUAACGGUAAAGUAAUGCGGCGUUGUAUUAUCUAUUUGCGCUUUUAUAUAAUAAAAUGAUUAUCUUACCGUGAUACAAAUGAUAAAAUUGAUUGAAAGUAGCUUCCUCGGUCUUGGUAAUUAACUGCCAUAUUUUAAUGUGCCUUUCUCCAAGAAAAAAUACUAUUUGCCUUAUUUGUACCCCGUCCAGCUCAUUUGCGUUCCACGUUGUCCGUUCUCGGAGGUCCAAUCCAGACCACGGAAGGUGGCAUCGUGCCGGAUUUGACCGACCACCACUCCAACACUUUUAAAAAUACUAUGGGCAUAUCAGAUAAGAUCGAACGUCAGGAGUGCAUUAGCGAAGCCGCCCGCACCCUUAACCUCAUGGAAGCCCACCAAAAGGAUCAACAGCCUCAUCAUCGAAAACCAAUUCAUCAUCAUCACAAACUAUCUGUUGUGCACCUUGUAGGGGAUAAAUCCCCUAGACCAGCUUCAAGUCCAGAACAAAUGAAACCAUGCCAACAAGAUGCUGUGGCAGAGGACUUGUCAGUGACCGGUGGUAAUGAUGAGGUGGACAGUGGUGAUGAAAAUAUCAGUGUGGCUGAUGAUGAUGGUGAGAACAACAAAGGAUCAGCUUCUGCAGAAUCUUUGAUGGAAGGAGAUGAUUUUCCAAAGAGGAAGAUACGUAGAUACAGGACAACUUUUACCAGUAAUCAACUUGAUGAAUUGGAAAGAGCUUUUGCACGGACUCAUUAUCCUGAUGUUUUCACAAGAGAAGAACUUGCUAUGAGGGUUGACUUGACUGAAGCCAGAGUUCAAGUAUGGUUUCAAAAUCGCCGAGCAAAAUGGCGGAAGCAAGAAAAAGCAGCUGGUGGACAAUCACAAAGUCAAGGCUACAAUCCCUAUUCAGCAUCUACAGCGCUACCGUCCUUACCAGCAUCUGCACCAGGAUCUGGAAAACCAUUCAGUGCUCUGAGCUAUCCUAGAUCGUAUGACCUUGGUCUUUUGAACGCAGCAGCAGUAGCUCACCAUCACCAUCAUCCACAAUUUCCUCCACCUUAUUUACCACCACCUGGCUUAUCAGGACUGUUUCGCCCAGCUCCUAGUUUCUUGACUCAAGCUGGCUAUUCCCUUCGAGAUUUGCCUUACACUAGCUUAUUUCCAGCAGCAUUAUCUUCACCUUAUUCCGUAACUGGUUCAUUUCCUCCAACAUCAUUUCAAACAUUACUCGCUAACUUAUCAGCACAGAACAGGCCAAAGCUUACAACUUCUCCUGAACUAAGUCCUGUUGCCACGGAACCAUAUCCUAGCCUACUUGCGACGAGCACUGCAAGUGCUAAUUCUGCUCCUGCAACUGUUUCACAACCAUCCCCUACUGUAACUCCACCCGCAGCAUUGCCACGUUCAUCAACUGGUUCUCCCGUAUCACCACCAGCUACAAGUCCUGUGGAUUUUGAUCGAAGAAGUUCGAGCAUAGCUGCUCUAAGACUUAAAGCUCGAGAACAUGAAGUGCGUAUGGAGUUGUUGAGAAAAGCGAAUGGGGAAGUGAGUUGAGUUAAAUGAGCGACACAAAAACUUAUAGAAUAUUUAUAAUACUGUGGCUGAGAGAAAAUGCAGCAGUGGAUUUUCUAACAUGGCAACGUCCAAAGAAUUUAUCAUGAAACUUUAAAACUCGUUUCGUGAAAUUACACUGAACGGACAUUCUAUUGAUUUCAUUUGAAUAACUGCAGAUUGUUUUCAUGACUUAAAACUUUUCCAAUUUCUUGUCUUUCAUCAUUUAGUCAAGUUGACAGUAACAGUUCGGGUGGUGGGCAAAUGCCAUCUUUGACAACAAAAUAUUUUUGAACUAUAUGAACAGUUUUGCUUUGUUUGUGCCUCAAACUUUUAUAAAACCAAAGGUUGUGUAAAUUUGUGUUUAUUGUAUCAUUUAUCUGAUGACGCUCAUUGUGAGUUAGCUCAAUAGAGUGGAAAGAUCCGACUUUACAAAAUACCCUUAAAAAGUCUUUCAAUAAAGAAACUACAUCAAAUGUCACUUAUUAUAUCAAGUGCGUGGUGUUUUGGGAAGCUAAUACUAAAAGUCGAGUUUCGAGGAAAUAAUGCUCUCUUACUUAACAACUUACAGAAAAUUCACGACUACGGUUGAGGCGAUUGGUUUAAAUGCCUACUUUAUGUCUUUACAGAGUUUGCAUUUGAGUCAAUAUUUAUGAUGCUUAUUAGAAAGUAAUGAGAUUGAAUAACGCGUAAAGUUAUGUUUUCCUCAUCAAAACAUUCUAAUAUUUAUGUUAACAGAACUAUUUUAAAUACGAGCUGAGAUGAUUUUUGCUAAUUUUGUAACAGAAAACUAAUGAUAUGUUUUGUAUUGUGGUCGCUGUUUUUAUUCAAGAAACUAAAAAAUAAGAAAAUAGUUUUUAUAAUAAUAUUUUUAAAAAUCUAAAGAAAGCUAGUUUAAAAAAAUACUUUGGAUUAUCUAUAAUAAUCUAAGCUGGUUUUAAAACUAAAGAUCUCUGUUUAUCAAAAAAACAGUGAUUUUCUUUAAAUCUUCCAGUGUGCAUUAGUCAUUCAAAUCUUAAAUUCUCCUACUAAGAAAAUUAAUGAAUUUAUUUUAUUGAUUCAAAUCUAAAAAUAAAUUCACUUAAAUAUUUAAUUGCUUUCUUUCAGCAGUCUAUAAAAGAAAGUACUCAUGCAUUUUCUUCUUCCCUUCAAUUGAAAUAUUUAUCAAUCUUUUGAAAAACGGUUUAUGCAAAUUUAGUUUUAGAGAAUUUAGGUUUCAACUUUCUGAAAAUGGGACAAACUUUAAUGUAAUUGCAAACUUAAGUUUUUGACUUGAAUAAUAAGCGAGCAAUUAUAUCGGCUCUCUGAAAUUUCAGCCAGGUUUUAUUUUACUUAUCGAUUAAUGCGAAAAAAAAAUAAUUAAAUAUAAAUCUACGCGAAAUAAAUUGCGAAAAUUGUUUCGAUGAUUGUUUAAUAUAUUAAAUAUCAAGGAAAAUUUCAGUACCGAACAUAGAUUUAAAAAUUCUGGGAAAUUUUUUUUUAGGGUGACUUAGUCUCACUACGUGGUUGGAUGAAGGUUAAUCAGUUUAAAAAGUUGCUGGAAUUAUAGACAAUUAAAAAUCUUAAUAGAAAUAAAUAACAUGUGACAAUCUGAAAAAGUAAGAUAUUUGGAUUAAAAAACAUAUUAUGGUCUGUUGUAUGAAUAUAACUUUUUUUCUGCCAGGUUAUUAAUCAAGACGGUGCUGAUAACGAAUAUGUGCUUUGUAAACAAUUUCCUGCUGUUGCCAGACUUUUAUUUUUACGCGUGUUUAUAAAUUCACUAAAUUAUCACAGCAAACCUUCUUCCCUUAAGUUUUUCAAUUGCACCAGUUAAAAAACACAGCUCCGGGGGGGAGGGGGGGAGUGCUCAUUGAGUCACAAACAAUGUAUAUCUAAUUUUCUCUAAAAUUAUUUUCUACAAGUCAGACUUUACAGUGAGAGGGAAUAAUUUUCGGAGUAUAAAAAUAAAGUAUUCUCUUUAAAAUCGUUAAAAUAUAACACGCCUCUCACAAGCAACUGCAACGCGUCUAUCCGGACUGUCCUAAAAUCGGACCUGACUGUUCUAAAAACGCGUCACAAAAUCACAAAAAUAAUUCUCUUGUCAUAAAUUUGACGUAAUUAAUUUUUAAUUACCUUUAUUCAAAUUUUACCAAGAAAAAAAAACACGUAAGUCUUUGGUUGUUAAUGAAGUAAUUCUUUGAUUUUUGAGUUCAACUUAAAAGCAACUUUUUGCAAUUCCCAUAAAAAUUUUAAACUUUUUUACUAGUUUGCAUUUUGUAAGUAUUUUAGUUAGUAUAAUAAUUCAACGACUUUUUUUAGAAUGUUAUAUCACCUUGAUUUUUUUUUUAAUAUUUUGCGUUACGUCCCAAAAUUUAAUUUGCUUCAAACAAAAUUUUUGUUAUUGAGAUUUUAGCACUUUUAUUGAAGUUUUCGCAAUAUUUAAAUUCAUACCUAAAAUAUUUUUAAAAAUUCGGACUUCAGCCUUACUUAUUUUAUAAGGGAAGAUUCCAAUAAGCUCCCAACUGAGUAAAUUGAUUGUUUAAAAUAAACUUUUGGCAUUGAAGAAAACAAAGUAUCAAUCCUGAUUCUAAUAAACUUUGAAUUGUUUUCAUUUUUUAGUAAAAUCAUUGAAUAAUCUUUGUAUCUAAAGACUAAAAGUAUCACGUGUAAUUAAUAUAGAAUUUAGAAAGUAAAAAUGAAACAAAAAUCUCGAAUUGUAGCCAUACAAUAAAUUAUUGCUAUAAACAAAGUACUCAUUGAUGUAUAGAUGUAAAUGUUGUUACUAUUUUACCAAAGUUGAAUUUAUUUAUAUGAUCAUGAUCUUGCACUUUCCUGUAUUUAAUAAUAAUAAAUGUAUACCUUUUCAUCUUUUAACUUAUUACAUUACUUUUUAAACAUAAAUGCAAAAUGUAGUAAUUUUCAGCAAUAUUUGUAAUAUAUUAUGAAAUGAUUCCCUUUCGAGACUAUUUAACAUUUUUUGCGGUAUAAUCUGGAAAAAAUAUAAGUCAAAUAAAAAAAAUUGAUUUCUGCUUAAUAAAUUAAUUUUAAAUUGCACUCGAAUCACAUCUAACAUCUAUCAAUAACUUUAAUUAUUUUUAACAAACGUAUUUUAACGCAAAAUAAUUAUACAAGUCGGAAAUAUAAAUUACAUUUGAUGUCUCCUCGUAAAUACAUCCUGUUUUUAGAAUUAUUCAACGAAUUUAUUUUUCAAUUGAGAAAUGGUUUUUACUUUAAAUUAAAGUUAUUAUAACCCCUUGAGAAGUUUGAAGUUCAAAUCUUUGAGACAUACAGGGUGAUUCAUAAUGAUCACCAAUAAAAUAUAUUUAAAAAAAAUUUGGCGAAGAUAAAGUAAAAAAAUGAUACAUAUUUGGAACGCAUAAAUUAUAUUUAAGCGAGGAAAAAAUAAAACGCUGUAGAAAUCGGUUGAAUCACUACUGAGAAAGAUGGAAUAUUAAAAAAAUGAAGUUUGCAUUUAUUAAAACAUAAAAACAUAUUGAAUUAAACAGUUUCAAAUGCAAUGUGAUGUACAAAUAUUGUUGCAAAUUGAUGUAUGGUAUUAAAAAAUACUAUGGUAUACACAUAUAAUUUAUAUUUUUUGAAUUAUGUAACAUGCAUAUAAAUGUUCUGUUUUCAGAAACUAUGCAGUGAUACUUCAUAGUUAUAUUUUUGUAUCAAAGUGUAUUGAAUGAAACCGUCCAAACAGUACGUUAAAUUCCUUAACUAAUCCGUCCUGCUAAGCUUUAAAGUAAAGAAAAGUGAAAUUUUAAAGAAUAUGUAUUCCUUAGAUCAGAUAUAUUUCUUAUUUAUUUAUAAGUGCUCAAAGUUUAUUAAAAUCCAUAAAUUGCUGUAUUUUAAAAUUUAGUGUAGGAAAAUUUUUGUUUUCUUUAAAUAUCCUUAUGUGUUCUGUAAUCAAUGCAAAUAAUAUAAAUGUUUAUGAUCCAAUAAAAAAUUGAAACAUCCCAAUAAUAUCAAAAAUUAAAGCCACUUUCGCACUUGCAGUACUAUUUUCCAUCUAUCGAAUGGCUUAUUUGUCAUGCGCGUUGUGGAUGGAUCAAAGGAUUCUAGAUUCAUGUGGCUCUACGCUAAAAUAAUUUAUAUUCCUUUCUCAAAAACAAAACAAAAAAUCAAAAGAAAUGGAAAACAAUUCCUAGAUAUUGUGGAAAUUUUCAUUUGAAUAUGCUCUGUCCCACUUUAUCAACAUUUAAUUUUUUUCUUUAAUUUUUUACAAAAUUUGUACAGCUUGUUUGAGCAUUUGAGUUUAAAGAAUGGUCAACAACUCUUAAACUAUAAAAAUAUUUCACUUUGUAAAUAUAAAAUGUAUUUCCGGUGCAUAAGUUUCUCUGUUACUUUGAAGGGAAGUUUACCGUCCAUUUAAUCAUUUAUUGUUGGAAAUGUGAUUUGCAUAUUUAAUGGCAUAUUUAACUUUUACGUUUGCACUCAUUCAAAUAAAGUGAGUGAUUGUCAGUUCUUAUGUAUUGUAAUUUAGGUGACUUUCUGUUAAUAAAAAUGGGAAAAUAA